UGGUUGAGCCCGUGCUUCCUCCGGCUCUCUCACACGGGUAGGGUUGAACCAAUUCCGUCGUUUCCCCUCUCCUCCCCGCCCAAGAGAUCUGAGGACUCUGCGACCCCUCCUGCCCGGGUUAAUUGGUGUGGGCCGGGCUGGCGGGAGGCAGCGCGGCGGCCGCUGGGGGCUGGAGGAAGCGGGCUGCGGGGCCGCGCCAGGUAAGGGGGCGCGGGCGGCCGUUGCGCGGCGGCUCCCCGGAUCGGCUGCGGGAUCUCGGGCGGCUGGGAGCGCGUCUGCCAUUCGCCUCAGCUACAGCCGCCACAUCGGUCGGAAAACAUGAGCCGAGAUUUCAAACCCGGAGACUUGAUCUUUGCCAAGAUGAAAGGUUAUCCCCAUUGGCCAGCCAGGGUGGAUGAAGUUCCUGAUGGAGCAGUGAAACCUCCUACAAAUAAAAUGCCUAUUUUCUUUUUUGGAACACAUGAGACGGCAUUUUUGGGACCAAAGGACAUAUUCCCAUAUUCUGAAAAUAAAGAUAAAUACGGUAAACCAAAUAAAAGAAAAGGCUUUAAUGAAGGAUUAUGGGAAAUUGACAACAACCCCAAAGUAAAAUUCUCUCAUCAACAGUCCCAUCCAACUGUUAACAACACUGUUAAAGAGACUGUUGAAGAAAGCUGUCAAGAGCCCACUGAGGAAAGUGAAGAAAAAGUAGGAACCAAAAGGAGAAAGUCUACAGUUCCCAAAUUAUCUCCAAAACAGGAUAAUUUGCCCACUGAAGAUGAAACAGAAGAAAAAGAGAUGGAUGCUGCAAAGGAAGAAGAUGUCCCUUCAGAAAAACCCAGUAGUGAAGGUGUGGUGAAAGCUAAUGAUGUACCUGUUCCAAAAGUUGCUAGAAGAGGGAGAAAAAGAAAGUCUGAAAAACAAGCAGAAGCUGAGGAGGCAGCAGUAGCAGUGGCAACAGCUACAACAGUGGCAGCAGCAACAACUGCAGUAGUUGUGGCUCCUAAAGUGAGCCCUAAAAGAGGAAGACCAGCAGCUACAGAAGUAAAGGUUCCAAAACCAAGAGGAAGACCCAAAUUGGUGAAACCACCUUGUCCUUCAGAAAGUGACAUUGUUCAUGAGGAGGAUAAGACCAAGAAAAAAGUACCAGAAGAAAAACAACAAAAAAAACAGCUGAAAAAAGAUGAGGAGGGUCAGAAGGAAGAAGACAAACCAAGGAAAGAUAUUGACAAAAAAGAAGGAAAAAAAGAGACUGAACCAAAAAGGAAAAGUGCCACUAAAGUGGGUUCUACAUCAGCCUCUGAUUCUGAAGAGGAUGGAGAAGAGCAGGAAGGUGAUAAGAAGAGAAAAGGAGGAAGAAACUUUCAGGGUGCUCAUAGGAGGAAUAUACUAAAAGGCCAACAUGAGCGAGAUGUAGGAGAAAGAAAACGCAAGCAAGAAGAGCCGAUGGAAUCAGAGCCCUGGAGCCCACACCGUCAGACAGAACAAGGAAAAGGUUCUGGCUUAUGCUACUCUGGCUCUGCAAAGCCAGUUGAGUGAUUUCAAGAGCAGUCUGCACUCAGAAGAGAAACUAUCACAAAAGAACCAAGCAUCAGCAUGGAGAGAAGAUGCUGCCAGAAAGUUUUUUUUUUUGUUUUUUUUUUUUUGGGGGGGGGGGGGGACGGGGGGACACUAGGAAGAAAUCUCUGUCCUGUUCUGGCAAGCAAUUCCAGGAAUGGGUGAAGAAGGAACCACCAAGAGAUCAUGAUGUCCCCAUCACCACAGUUGGUGGGAGGGAGGAAGAAAGGGGGAGAACAAGGUAACUAAACUCUGGGAGAAAAGGAGAUGAGAAAACAGUCCCUCCCUCUCCACAUAAUGACAAAGUCUAACACUAAGGUUCCCCUCUAACCUUUCCAUGCCUAGUAACAAGAACACAUACUUGAUCUUUCUGUCCUCCUCAACCACCCUUUUUUCCUGGCAGCCUAAACUUAUUCCUUUUUGCUAGCUGCAAAAUUGCAAGCAUCUCCAGCUCCCAAAGAUACUAAACUCUGCCCCACCAUUCCUCAACAACUGGUCUUAAUGUUUUGUUAAUGCUUAAUUAUGUGCUACGCUUCUAAUUCUGCAACAAAUUGUAAUGUAUUGAUUUGGUUAUUCAUUUUAAUACUAAUGAAAUAAAGAAACUCGUUUUAAAUAUCUUUCAGGUUUACUUUUAUGCUUCUGAAGAGCUAGAAACAGUUGCAUUUAAAUUAUUAUAGGUAGGAGAGCAUUUGCUUCAGCCUUGGGAUUCAGCGUAUUAUGGAAUAUGCAGGCCUUUAUUAUAGCUAGUGACUAAUGUUAACGAUAAACUUAGAACCAAAAGAAAAAUUUAAAUGUGCUCUUUACUUCUGCAGUACUCUCUGCCUGCAUGUUAAUAAGAAGGAAGUCUGUUAUUCCUCACAGAACUAAUAGUCUAAACAGAUGGAACAAUCUUGCUUAUGCAUCUUAAAUUUGUUCUACUGUGCCUCUGUAUUAUUCCUUUAUAUUUAAAACUGUAUUUUGUUCUGGGCUGCCGGUGUCAUGAAAGAUACUCUAUGAAAUUUGUUUUGUGUUCCUGUAAAUCUGUGAACCUGUAAUUGGUUAGAAUGAGAGGAACAUCCAGGAUAUGCUUAAGGACUUUUUUUUUUUUGAUUGAUUUUUUUGGUCAGUUUUUGAUAUCUGUUGUGUCAACUGCAUCAAAAAUAUACUGAAUAUGCAUUGCAGAAAAUGUGAUUCCUCUGCAUGUUAGGAUUUCCAACCAUAAAAUAAGACUUUGUAUAUAUGUAGAAGUAGUACCAACUAUAAUACAGUCUAAAGCAGUGGUGGGCAACCUUGGCUGAUGGGCCGCAUGUGGCCCGUCAGGGUAAUCCACUGGCGGGCCGUGAAACAGUUUUGUUUACAUUGUCCGUCCGCAGGCAAGGCCGCCCACAGCUCCCAGUAGCCACAGUUCGACGUUCCUGGCCAAUGGGAGCUGCAGGAAGUGGCGCAGGCUGCAAGGACAUGCUGGCUGCCGCUUCCCACAGCUCCCAUUGGCUGGGAACGGCGAAACGCAGCCACUCGGAGCUGCAGGUGGCCGUGCCUGCGGAUAGUCAAUGUAAACAAACUGUCUCACGGCCUGCCAGCGGGUUGCCCACCACUGGUCUAAAGACUUGAUAAACAGGGAUUUAUAGUGGUUCCUGAACCAUGUAGUUGAGAGUUUAAAACUUUUAUUUUGUUGCAAAAUAAGACACUGAGAACUUUGUAAUGUUUUCUCUCCUCCUUCUGUGACUGAAGGGUGGCCAUGCCAUUAUCCUGAAGUUUUUUCCUUUAAGUCCGUGUUUUCAUUUUAUUGUGUUGUAUUAGUAUUUUCACUCAUCCUAAGGGAAAGAGCCAUGAGAUUUGUAAAAAUACUGUGGGGGAGGAGAAGGGGGGACAGGAAUUAAAUUCUUUAUACUGCUUAUUAAGGUGUUUCAAUGUGAUUAAUACAUAAUAUGGCCAUUUGUAUUAGGGCACUUAACGGUGUUUCUGUAGAUUUCUCUCCUCCACUGUUGGGGGUGGGGGCAGGAUUUGUGUGGAGUUUUUUUGGAGGGCGGGAGGCCGGGGAAGGUGCCAUAUGAUAGGGACUGUUAGAAUCCCGCACCCCCAUUACUAUGUGUAGCUGGUGUAGAACCAAGUGCCACUUUUAAAGUCUGAUGUGAGCCAUUAAAGUGUUCUUGAAGUCAUAAAAUAUUCUGUUGUGUGAAUCUUUCAUACAGUGCAUUUUUCUUUUUAACUUUCACAUGCGACAAAAGCACAGAGAAUAAAAUUUAUAAAUCUGUA